CAUAAUUCCCCUUGUUAACGCGGAGUUUGUUCCAGGGAAGCCAGAACUUGAUUAAUCCACCCAAAGACCAGCCAGACGCGGCUGAUAUUUAUCCAGGGACUGUUUUUCAUCUUUUGAAAAGAUGGAAGUAUUUGUUUUCCUAUUUUCCUUGACGGCCCUCGGGGUCCUCUAUACUAUGAACAAUGUUCCGGAGUUGCAAGAACCUUAUGUCAUCCUGCAGGUCGGUGCUGCAGUGCUGGUGUUUGUGUUUCUAGUGUACCUCCUGAUGGCAUGGCGCAACCCACCCAAAGACCUCCUAUUCUUCGCGUUUGCAGUUUUCUCCUUUACGUGUGUCAUCGACCUUGUAAGUGCUCUGCAACACGACGGCUGGAUCACUGGAUUCAUGGAGUUUUACCAGAAAGCGGGGGAGCCCUACCUUGGAACAGCCUACGGCAUCAUGAUGUGCUACUGGGACGGAAUCGUGCACUUCAUCCUGUACCUGUUCAUGAUCUGCCGCAUCACUGAGAGGAAGGACUAUCGCAUCAUGGGUCUCUUCUGGGCCGGUUCCCUGCUGGCCAACAUGAGUAUCUUUGUCACCGGAAUCGUUGUAGGUAAACACGGGUCAGAUAUUCGCCCUGCCUUCUGGCUCAACAUCCCCUUCCUGCUGGUGCCUGUAUGGGGGGCGAUCUCAGUCUUCACCAGCGCCAAGUCCAAGCAGCUGACUGGUGGAUACAACGCCAUGUUCGUACAAUGCAUGAGGCUGAUCUGGCGUCCUCAGGACUUGAUGCUGGUGCUGUUGGCCCUGGCUGCCAUGGCCUUCACCAUCUUCAGGGGCCUGGUGGCUCUUGACGCUCCCCUGGAGGCCUGUACCAUCUACCUCAAGCAGUACGAGCCUUACCUGAAGGACCCCGUGGGCUACCCCAGGGUCAUGAUGCUGCACUUCCUGUUUUACGGCGUUCCCCUCCUGGGGGCGCUGGUGUACGGCCUAGUGGAGCCAGGCUGCAACUGGAUGCCUGACCUCAGCGUGUUCUUCGCCGGAGCCAUGGCCCAGUGCCAGUUUGCCCAUAUGGGAGGCUCCCUCCACUCUCGUACAAUGGCCCCCUAUCGUAUCCCUGGAGACGCCUUCCUGGUUGUCAUGGCUGCCAACCUGGUGUACGUCGCCAUCCCUCAGAUCAUCGCCAUGCGCUGCACCGAAAACCCCAACUUCUUCCUCACUGUGUCUUCCUUCCCCGGCCAGACAGGGCUGCCUUACAGCAAGGAGAAAGACACCUUGAUAACCAACAAGAUUAAGAGCUCUUGAAUGGGAAUCUUUAGUAAAGUAUACUGCAUGAGACCCAUGUGCUUACCCACACAGCCCUUAAUCAAUACAGAGGGGAACACGAGAGAGGUGAAGUGAAACGAAUCUUCUCUGCUUGUUAGACAUGAUUGUCGCAGAUCAGUAGGUAUGGAAAACCCAUUUCUGAGAUGAGGAGAGGAGAGUCGGAGAGGAAGGAAGGUGACAGGAGAGGGAGGCAGGGGAGGAUAGGGGAGACAUUUUUCUAUAAAACAGGAAACCAACGAUUAAGUGGUGUUCGUUCAGCUGCGGCUCUUAACCUCAGAGCGAUCUGAUUGGCCAGUGAGGCUCAGUCUCUGUGUUGUGGUUGGCAAAACACAACAUUCGCCCUCACCGGGCGCUCCCAGCCAAACACACUGUCGCAGAGCUGUCAUGUUGCCAGUCUUUCCGCUACACUCAUAAAUGGAAAUGCUUAAUAACAGGUACACCAGGCUGGGGCGGGUUUUGUCAAGCUCACUUUUGUGUAAUGUAUUCAGAUACUUCU